UCCGGCGAUUACUUAUCGGACACCCACCGCUUGAGGUCUGCUCACCUGGUUCUUUUACAAGAGCCAGGGGAUUGGGCAGAUCUAAAGAGACUUGUCGAACUGGCUCACAAUUUUCCAUACCAGCCCUUCAUCACCUCCGACCACCCUGAACCUCCUUUCCCCGUCACUACAGCUCCCGCAUCGGUAGGCAAUCCCGGCUCGCAAUCGUCAGAGUUCCUGUCCGCCGCAGCUCAACCAUCAACCAUUCUAUCUGCCCCUCGUAUCAACCGCCGACGUCGUCUAUCGAGCAGCCCGGAGCACCUUGUUUCAACCGGGGGGCCUGGACAUCUCCCAGAAUUCGCACGUGAGACCGCAUCUCAGAAUCACCCCAGCCAUCUUUUGGGCCGACCGCAGGGCCGAUCUCCUCCAUCCAAGCGCAGGCGCCUGGUAAUCAUGCGUCCCGAUGGGAUAUCUGCAGAGAAUGGCUUUUCAGAAGCCUUGAAUGGAGCUCCUGCUUCCACGAGGAAGAUCGCCUCGAAUGGGCAAACGUCAACCAACGGGAACUCUCAUACAAAUGGCUCCGUGCCGCAAUCUUCAACCUACUAUGGCCACAAUCGGGAGGAGGUGACGCGGAUUUUGAUACAGAGCUUGUACGAGUUGGGUUAUAAUGAAUCGGCAUCCCUGUUAAGCGCAGAGAGUGGUUAUGAGCUGGAAACGCCCGGCGUCGCAACGUUCCGGAGUGCUGUGUUGGACGGAAGAUGGACAGAGGCUGAGAGAAUCUUGAUACAAUCAUUUCGAAAUGCCGGGGCACAACAGGGGGACCGGAAAUCCUCACCCGAAGUGACAUUGGUAUUAGCAGAGGAGGCCGACAGGAACGAGAUGUUAUUCUAUCUACGACAACAGAAAUUCCUCGAGUUACUAGAGACGCGUGAUCUGGCAGCAGCUCUCGGCGUCCUCCGGCAAGAACUGACACCGUUGAACUUCGAUGUUGAGCGUCUGCACGCCCUUUCAAGCCUUCUAAUGUGCCCGACCGAGAGUUUACAUGCUCAAGCGGGAUGGGAUGGCCCUGUCGCCUCAUCCCGCGAGCGACUCCUUGGCGAAUUGUCAAAAUCCAUCUCGCCUUCUGUGAUGAUCCCGCAACACCGUCUUGCAGUCUUACUAGAUCAUGUCAAGCAGACUCAAAUCAACAACUGCUUUUAUCAUAAUACUGCUGACCCCCGUCGCUUUACUCAGAUCACAUACGAGGUAUGGUAUUGCGAGUUCUCGCACGAUGGCUCCAAGCUGGUGACUGCAGGCAAGGACCAUAAUGUGAUUAUCUACAACACGGCCGAUUUCAGUGUUAUCCACAGACUUACAGAACACGAGGAGGGUGUUGCGUUCGCGAGUUGGAGUCCAGAUGACUCCAAACUGAUUACUUGCUCACAAGACAAAAAGGCACGAGUAUGGAGCGUUGAGAGUGGUCGUUGUCUGCUCACCAUCAAUCAUCAUCGUCAACCCGUGACUGCGGCGGCCUGGGCAGCAGAUGGCGAAUCUUUUGUGACAGCCUCUCUCGAUUCCGAAGCACAACUCCGUCACUGGAGCAUGCGCGGUCAAUCAUUAUACACGUGGAAAGGCGGAUUCCGUGUGCAGGACUGUGCCAUUAGCCCCGAUGGGCGGCGUCUUGUUGCUGCCGACACAGAAGCGAAGAUCCAUGUCUAUAACCUCCGUACAUAUGAGGAAGAUUACUGCCUUCCAUUGUCGAGCAAGCCGACCUCAGUUGCUAUCAGCAAAGACUCUCGACACGUGCUGAUAAAUCUGGCCGAGGGCGAGAUCCAGCUAGUCGACAUGGAUACUACUGCUGUUGUCCGUCAAUUCAAGGGGCAAAAACAAGGCGAGUUUGUGAUUCGCAGCACCUUUGGGGGAGCAGCUGAGAACUUUGUCGUCAGCGGAAGUGAAGACUCGAAAGUCUACAUCUGGCACAAAGAAAAUGGCAACCUCGUAGAGACCCUGGAAGGGCACAUCUCUGGAUGCGUAAACUCAAUAUCAUGGAACCCAGCAGACCCAGGAAUGUUCGCUUCAGCAGGUGAUGACAGUGCAGUAAGGAUGUAUGAACAAUCCCCAUCCUCUCAUAUUGGACCUCACUAA